AUGCGGGCCGGGGAGCAGGCCAACCGUACCAACCGUACCAACCGUACCAACCGUACCAACCGUACCAACCGUACCAACCGUACCAACCGUACCAACCUUCUCUCCCCCCGGAGCGUCCAGUUGAUUUGCCAAUGCGCUACGGAGGUUGCUCGG